AUGGACGCAGCUACGGGACAUGACGCAGGCGCGCGUAGGGGAGGCCCGUUCCUGUACCCAUGGAAUCGUAGGCUGCGCAAUCUGAUGGGCAUCUGGGUGCGCAACUUGGAUGUGACUCCGCCUGCGAGCCGAGCUCGCGGAAAGACGAUCGACGACGACGAUAUCCCCAACACCAUGAAAUCGCCGUCCAAAAUCCUAGCACAGAAAGACAGCCAUGCCUUACACCCGUCCCGAUCGUUUUCUGAUCUCAAAUCGCGAGGCGAACCGGAUUACCAAGAGAACAUGAAGCAAAAGCGGUCUCAGUUAGUUGAAUCAGCUCGCCGGCGCAGCCUGCCUUGGAACGAUCCCAACCCAAGGUCACGACAAGCGAAACUCGAUGAGAUUGUCAAGAACCGUAUGGCGGAUUCAUUUUUCUCUAUCCAUUGCGAUGGAAUUGAAGAUCCCCUGUACAUCAGUGAAACGGUCUCGAAGACGACAAACCCCAGUUUUCAGUUCUUUGACUUAAACGCAUCAUGGCCAUUGGUGUGUCGCCGUGAUACCAUUACCAUCAGAGUUUGGGCAAAAACAGAGACUAUGUCUGAGUUCAUCUGGCUGGUCGAAUUGAAGCAGAACCUACGAUAUUUGCAAUUUUUGGGGAAGAGCCUUGACAGCUUCCAUCAGCCGUUGCCUGCCAAUUGCCUUGUUUUCCAUCUCACGGAUGGUGUAUAUGCCAAUUUAACGGAUAUACCACCGGUAGAGAAGCCUUUUGACAUGGUAGCUCCUCGGGCCAUUGCCGAUGGACGAGCUCUUCCAACGUCUUCCUACGAUCAGUUGAUGAAAAUGGUCAAUCUAGAUGUGGUGCUCCAGGAUACAUUGGCAACAACCAGAAAUAUCGAGGCUCAGAUUGGUGGUAUCGUCACAAGAAACGAGAAAACGUUAUCGCUCGUCACCGAGGAUGCGACUGCAGAGCAAAGGCUUGAAUAUAUCCGGGGCUUGGUCGAUGCCCAGCGGAAGACGAAUCAACGAACAUCGAAGCGCAGGGAUGAUCUGCAAGCGAGUAUCUCCUACCGCCGGAAAGCCAUGGAACAUGGAUGGGCUAUCAUGGACAAGGAACGAAGUCAUCUUCCCGAUGCCCGGGGGAACAUGAUCCAAAGCGAGGAAUUACUCAACCAGGCCCAUGAGGAGACCAAGGGCCAGAUUCGACGCAUUGCAGAGGACUUGGCCAACAUCUAUCCCAUUGACCCUAUUCCUGAACAGACCUUGGGGUUUACCAUCCGGGGCCUGCCGCUUCCCAAUUCGAGCUCCGCCGAGUUCGGAGAUGCAAAUCCCACGGUGAUUGCGGCAGCUCUGGGAUAUGCCGCCCACCUGGUGUACCUGCUGUCAUUUUAUCUUUCGAUGGUGAUUCCCUACCCAAUUGUUCCACACAGUUCGACCUCCUUGAUCCAGGAUCCCGUGUCCAGGGACCUCGCGCAGCGCACUUAUCCUCUCUACCCAGUCGGUGGAGAUUACAAAUUUGGGUACGGCGUGUUUCUCCUGAACAAGGACAUUGAAUUCUUGCUCAACAAGCAAGGCGUCCGCGUACUGGACAUUCGCCACACUCUCCCGAACCUCAAAUAUCUCAUCUACGUACUGACCGCUGUUACGCAAGACCUUCCGGCCCGGAAGUCUGGUGGCAUUCGGGGGCUUUUCACGGGCAGAUAUACGCCCACUCUUUCCCGCCGCAACAGCACGGACAGUGCUGCCUCGGGUGAGCUUGUCCAGCCACGCAGAGCUGCGGACGUGGUCAGUCGCAUGAGUGGACUCACUCUGAACGAUACGGCCAAAACCCCAACGGCCGUUGCGGGGCCUUCUUUGUCAACGCGAGCUUAA